AUGGAAGAUCUUUUGGAGCCCGACAUUGACUUGAUUCGGCUCACGUCGAAGGAAGCCCUCCUAUGUAACCCAGUCCCGAUGACCCCUGAAACAGAUAGCUCCAAUUCCCCUUCGUCAUCAGAGUGUGCGAUCGACAUGAUUUUCCUUCUCACGCAACGAUUGAUUAAGCUUUUGCGAGUAAAUGGAAAUCGCUCAGUUCAGUUGCCCGCUGUGCAGAAUCCACAUUGGCAAUUGCCGCUUUCCGCAUCCUCUACUUGUUCCUCGCGGUUCCAGCAGCUUAUCGCCAUGCCUCAAAGCACGCCUGGAACUUGGAACUUCAGAUACGAAUCACUACAGCCAGGAGCAAGGCUAGAUCAAUUGUCACUGUUGCAUGCCUUAUCUACAUACAUGCGGCUGAUCGAAGCUUAUUAUCAUACCUUCUCGCAGACCGCUGAAAACUUCGGUGCUGAGUUGGCCAAGGGCAUGCCCAUUCCACUUCCCUCGCUGCAAAUUGGGGCGUUUUCCGUGGAUGAUCCAGCGAGUCACAUUGGGUUAGUGAUUCAGUCAGCCUUGCGACUACUAGACGGUCUGGGGGACUUGGUGAACAAACAUACGGCGCCUUUUGUAUCUAGCGAGAACGCCGAAAUCGACACCAGCCGACCGUCUAGUCCAUCUAGCGAAAACAACGCAAUCAAAAUGGUGAUGAAGACGGUCCGUGAACACGAAAGCCGCUUGAUGCAGGCUGCAGCCCAAUUGCAAAACUGUUGCCAAAGAGGUCGAAAAUCGGGUGAAUAA